AUGGAAAACUCCACUCCCCUAUCUGAGGCCCAAAAGGUCGCGCUUGAUAAGCUGACCGCAUCUUUGGGUCCAGAGUACGUGGAGUUCCUUGUUUCACAAGGUCCUGAAGUGCUUAAUGCACGUGUUGAAAGCUUCAUGCAGUAUGAAGCGACCCUUUUAGGGCAGGUCCAAGACCAAAUAGCGUCGGCUAUGCCUACACGCUACGUGUCUGUACCAGACGAAGAGGCUAAGCCUCGUCCACUUAGAGUGGAAGUAAAAAACUACUCCGGUAAGGAGGGUGAGAACCUCAUCCUCUGGAUCCGUGAGAUCGAGAUGGCCAUGAGAUCAGGUCUGAUCACGCUUGACCAUCAACAGGUCUCGCUGGCUAUCUCGAAGCUCGAUGGUAGAGCUAGAGAAUGGGCCUUGACGUGUAGCACGUCGGUGGACAUAGCGUUUCCCACAUGGGAGUCGCUCAAGUCACAAUUGGUACAGGUGUUUUCUCCACCUAACCAGGCUUACCGCGUGCGUUCACGCUUUCUUUCUACCCGCCAGGGUAAAAUGAACUAUCGGACUAUGUCCAAGAGCUGCGAACGCUCAUGGCUGCAAUGCAGUCUGACCCUCUGCCUGAAGCAGUCCAUGUGA